AUGCGGUUGAAAAUCCAGACUAUAAAUGACCAGCCGUUAUCGGUUAUAAUCUCUGCAUUGCUGGCUAUCAAGAAGGCCGAAACCAAACUAGCCGAAAAGAAAUUAAAAAUUAAGGAGCAAGAAAUUCACCAACAAAAAGAAACUUUACAAAAAGCAACCGAGGUAGAAGAAAAACUAAAAGAAGCCCAGAGUAAUUUAGAUAAUUCACCAAUGACUUGGGAAAAGAUAAAGACUAAAUACCCAGAAUUUGCCAAUAAGUCUACCUUUCUAAAAGAAUUUGAGAAAGUUGACCGAAUACUGGUUCAGGAAAAGCAAAAAGAUUUAAAUUUGGAAGAACUAAUUAACGAAAAGAUAAAUCAAGCCUUAACUAGUCAUCAACCGAGAGAAGUGUUUUAUGAUAGCCAAGAAGAAUUCUCCGAGACCGAAGAAACCACCGACCCAAAACCAACUCCUUCCACUUCUCGUUAUGAUAACUUACUUGACAAUUUAAGCAAAGAAGAUGCCGAACGGCAAAGAAAAAAACAAGAAUACGAAGCCAGUAAAAAGAAAUUCCAAGAGCAAGAGAGAUUAAGAAGAGAGCAAAAGUUAGCGGAAAAAGACCAAAAACUAAAAGAAGAUGAGGAAAGAAGAAGACAAGAAAGGGAAUUAGCCGAGCAGGAGGAAAAGAAACGCAAAGAAGCAGAAGAAGCAAGAGCCAAAGCCGCCCAAGAAGAACAAGAAUCUUACUUAAAAAGAAAAUUGGCAAAUGCCGAAGAAGCCAAAAAGCGAGCCGAACAAGCCCUCGAAAAUCAAAAAAAAGAGAAUGAAAUUCAAGAGAAGAAAAAGCGGGAUGAGAUUGAAAAACUAGAAAAAGAAAAUCAAGAAGAACAGAAACGAUUGGCUAAACAGGCUGAACUAAUUGAGGAAGAGAAACAAAAAAAACUUGCGGCAAUUGCCUUAGAGGAUGAAGAACAGCGACACAAGAAAAACAAUUAG